UCCGUGGCGUGACGACACAUUUCUAGUCUUUUCAUUGCCAGCUGUUCCUAUGUCUCAAAUAUAAUUGUAGGCCUUGGUCUGAUUCAAGAGCAUCAAAUCAAAUGAAAUGGAAGAUGAAACAGAAAUUGAUGCAACAGCAAUUUCCGCCAGGAAUUGCGUUCAAACGGUUUCACACGACGACACUGAUGAAGCAGUAAAUAAUAACCAACAGACGGAAGUCAAGGUACCCAUAGGGGAACCUAACCAACAGACGGAAGUCAAGAUACCCGAAAUGGAACACGUACAGAGGACAUCUCGGAUCCUUAAACGCAUUCCAGAUCCUCCUAGUGACUGGAAGUUAAACCAUUUAUUAGACGAUAUUGCAAUGCAGACAACCACUGAUCAAUUAGAGAGGUAUAAAGGUCUUUUCAGAGGACAUGGCCCAGGUUCUAUUGCAAAAGGCACAUUAAAAAAGUGCACAUCAUGUUAUCAUUUUUUUCAAAUCUUAAGAGAGAGAGAAUAUAUAUCCAGGGACAAUCUUCUAUAUCUGCAAAAAAUUUUAUACAUGAAAGGCAACAGGGAACUCAUUGAAAGGGCGAUUGAGUAUAAUAGAUCUGAGGGAAAUCUUUACUUUUAUGAAGCAGAAGACCAACCAGAAUCUGGGUACAGAAGAGUACGAUUUCAUCUGGCAGGGAAAGACCUUAAUGAAUGGGAACCAGCUCAACAGCAGGCUCUCAGAGAUAAAGUUGCAGGCAUUUUGUGUAUUCCACAUUAUCAAAUUAGAAUCGUUGGUGUGAUACCUGCAUCAAGUUUAUGCAUCACACUUUUUAUCCCCGAAACAUACGUUGUUAUUUUUCAAGACAUGCUUGAAAGGAAGGCACAGUUCAAACAACUCUUUGACAUAGGCGUUGAUAUUAUUUAUAUUGACAAAAGAGUUUACAACAUUUCAGGUAUCGAAGAAAAAAAUGAAACAGACCAACAAAAAAAGAUAAUGCAUAUUUACGACCAAUAUCAUGAACAAAGAAAACAGUUAGAGAAAGGAGAAUUACGACUUUUGGAUUUGGAGAACAAACUUCUUAAAACAGAAAAAACAUUAAUUGCUGAAAGACAAAAACGUAUCGAAAAAGAAUCUAAAUUGAUGGAAUUGGAAAUUGUUCUUAACACAUAUACAACAGUACAAAGAGAUUCUUUUCAAGAGGAUGAUGCCAUUUUAAACAAGGAGAUCUCUGCAAUAAAUAUUCAAGAUACUCUAAGAAAGCCCGUGAAAUGUUCACUGGGAGAAAAUAUUAUUUUGGUAAAAAAUCAAGGCAAACACGCGGGGGAUAUUGAAAUAAAGAAACUCAAUGUUGCCUUACAUGAGCAAAAGGAAUUGGUGUCGGGCCUUAGAAUGCAACUUGAUGUUCACCGGUAUCUCUCAUACAGAAAUGCCUCAGAGGUUAAUCUUCUGCAAACUGUACGAAUAUGCUUGAAAGAGUUGUCACCAGAACAAUUUGAGAAAUUUGUCGAUAUUAUCAAAACGCUGAGCAUCGAUCUUAUAGACGAAGAGAGAACUGCAAUACAAUCAAAAUAUAAGUCAGAUGAAGAAAAAGAAAUAACAAAGCACAUGCAACAAUCGCAAAACCUGUUCUUGAUUGGAAUCAUAUGUAUGGAAUACAACAGAACCACUUCCGGAGUAGACAUAGAAAACUUUAUCACAAGCCUCCUAAAAAAGGUAGGGCGGAAUGAUCUUGUAAAGAAAUUUGAAGAAAAAAUAAAUGAAGUAAAACACAUACCAAAGAUCGAACUCUUUCCAUAUUUACGAAGAUCAACCGGAGUCAAAAAGGGAUUCUUUUUUUGA